AUGCGCCGUGAGAUCUCCGUUUUGCUCCAGCCGAGGUGUUUGCUGAUUUUAUUGGCUGUUUUGGUUCUCAUCUUCAUCGCUUCUUCAUUCUCUCCACAGGAGCUCGAGAAACCCGAAGAGGUAUAUGAGAUCACGCACAGAGUAUUUUUGGAUGUUGACAUAGAUAAACAACGUAUAGGGAGGAUUACAAUUGGAUUAUAUGGUCAAGUUGUGCCAAAGACUGUGGAGAACUUUAGGGCUUUGUGUACAGGGGAGAUGGGGAAGGCCUCGAACGGGAAAGUACUACACUAUAAAGGAACCCCAUUUCAUCGUAUUAUACCAGGAUUCAUGAUACAAGGAGGAGAUAUCGUCUCGGGAGAUGGCAAAGGAAAUCAAUCGAUAUAUGGUGGCACUUUCCGUGAUGAGAAUUUCAAGUUGAAGCACUCACACCCAGGUGUUGUGUCCAUGGUGAAUUCAGGACCUGAUUCCAAUGGCUCACAAUUUUUCAUUACAACAGUCAAAGCUUACUGGUUGGAUGGUGAGCAUGUUGUGUUUGGCAAAGUCAUAGACGGCAUGGAUACUGUGUAUGCCAUUGAAGGGGGUGCAGGGACUUAUAGUGGGAAGCCGAGGAAGAAGGUAAUUAUCACUGAUUCUGGAGAAAUACCGAAGAGCAAAUGGGAAGAAGAUAGCCGAGCCUCGACAACGUAA